AAACUGGGCGCAACGUUCGUGAUAUUCUUGAAGAAAUACAACGCAGCCAUUUUUCAUAUCAUGAUUUACGUUACAAUUACAGUUUUGUACGUAGCCUACGGCUGCCUCCACUGUCCCAGUGAUAGUUCGUACGUAUAGGUAUCAGUAACGGGCCUGGCGACACGGGAAGUGCUUAAGUAAAUUUCAACGGACGUCAGGUACACAGACGGUGGCCAAUGCCAUAAGUAACUAAAUGUCUAAAAUAUAAAGCGUCACGUUGCCCAUGGGAAUCUGCAGAGUGCUCUCUCCGGUGUUUUUACUUAGACACGGAGUUAUCCGCCGCAGCAUGGCUUCACACAGCCCGGACACAACCCGCUUCGACUUUCUGGUGGUUGGCGGUGGGUCUGGAGGUCUGGCCGGGGCACGGCGGGCGGCGGAGCUGGGAGCAAACGCUGCCGUGAUCGAGAGCCACAAACUCGGAGGUACCUGCGUUAAUGUUGGAUGUGUGCCUAAGAAGGUCAUGUGGAAUGCAGCGGUUCAUGCAGAAUACAUGCAUGAUCACAGUGAUUACGGCUUCAGCGUCGAAAAUUUUAAAUUCAACUGGGAAACGCUUAAAGCCAAAAGGGAUGCAUAUGUUUCUCGUCUCAAUCAAAUUUAUCGCAACAACCUCGACAGGGCUAAAGUCCAAUUCAUUCAAGGUUAUGCCAGGUUUACAGAUGACCCUCAGCCCACUGUGGAGGUCAAUGGUAAAAGGUAUACAGCGCCUCACAUCCUCAUAGCCACAGGAGGGCAGCCUUCUGUUCUGAGUGAGGAUGAAGUUCCAGGGGCAAAUCUAGGCAUUACAAGUGAUGGCUUUUUUCAGCUUAAAACCCUUCCAAAGCGCACUGUGAUUGUGGGGGCUGGUUAUAUAGCUGUAGAAAUGGCUGGCAUUCUUUCCACCCUUGGGUCCAAAACGUCCCUCAUUAUUCGACAGACUGGAGUUUUGAGAAACUUUGAUGCAUUUAUUAGUGCAAACUGCACAAAAGAGCUGCAAAACAACGGCAUUGAUCUGUGGAAGAAUUCUCAGGUAAAGCGUGUGAGUAAGACAGACAGAGGCCUGGAAGUCACCAUUGUUUCUAAAGAUCCAGAGAAAAAGAUUGACGAGGAGAAAAUCAGCACUAUCGAGGAAGUGGACUGCCUUCUGUGGGCCAUCGGCAGGAUACCCAACACGUCUGGAAUGAACAUCAGCAACGUGGGUGUGGAUAUCGAUGAAAGAGGCCAUAUAACAGUGGAUGAAUUCCAGAAUACCAGUCGACCAGGAGUCUACGCUGUAGGGGACGUUUGUGGCAAAGCACUUCUUACACCUGUUGCCAUUGCUGCAGGCAGAAAGCUGGCUCACAGGCUGUUUGAAGACAAGAAGGACUCAAAGUUGGACUAUUCUAGCAUCCCAACAGUGGUGUUCAGCCAUCCACCCAUCGGCACAGUGGGCCUAACAGAGGAGGAAGCCCUCAAAAUCAAUGGAAAGGAGAAUGUGAAAGUCUACAAAACGUCUUUCACACCAAUGUAUCACGCCAUCACAAGCAGGAAGAGUCCUUGCAUUAUGAAGCUGGUGUGCGUGGGCAAAGAGGAAAAAGUGGUGGGUUUGCACAUGCAGGGCAUCGGCUGUGAUGAGAUGCUGCAGGGAUUUGCUGUGGCCAUAAAAAUGGGUGCGACCAAAGCAGACUUUGACAACACCGUUGCCAUUCACCCAACCUCGUCUGAAGAGUUUGUUACGAUGCGUUGAUGCAACUUUCUCCAAGACCUCUUGGUUUCCUGUAUGAUGAACAACCCCGCCCAACACACCAAGACGGGCACUACGUCGUUCAACAUCUGCUUAACAACUUGCUUUCUUAAUAAACUCAAAUGGUUCAGUUUUCUUUCAACAGAUCUUCUUUGUAAGCCAUGUUGUGCCUUUUUUUUUAAUCGAUAUGGCCCUCUGAAUUUGUGUUGUAGGUCUUAAAUACUGAUUGAACGCUCUGAUUUCAGUUUUAUUGAUUGUGACAUUGAAGUGAUAAAUCUGCAGGUAUCGCCAAGAGGCAGCAGGGGCCAGAGCUCUCUCACACUGUGUGUUUAAUUUGUUAGUCAUUUGUCUACUGAAUCUUAAAACAUUUCUCCGUGAUGCACAUAUUUCAUGCAAAGUCACGGCAUAUUUCUACUGUACUGUUUCAAAAAUCCAAUAAACCUGCAAUUAUUUUAA